AAACGAUUCAGGAAAGUGUCAUUAGCGCUUUGUUUGUUCAAAAGUUGCAAUAAGUUACUGUGCACAUAUAAACAUGCCCAUUCGGGAUUGUCCUCUUACCUGUUUUUGUUUAGCCGUCACACCGGAAGCCAGGAUGAGCUUGGAAGAUCGGUUGAAAACUUUCGACAAAUGGCCUUUGGCGUAUGUUUCGCCGCAGUCCCUUGCGGAAGCAGGGUUCAUCUACACGGGUGCAGGAGAUGAAGUCAAGUGUGUGUUAUGUAAUAUUGUGCACUUCAACUGGAUGAUGGGUGACCAACCAAAGUUUGAGCACCGGCGAAUCAACCCCGACUGCGCGUACGCGGCUAUGGUGGCGGAUGGCGAGCUGUAUUUUCCAGCGAUGAAGGAAUACCGCGACCGUUUUGCGACGUACGCUAAUUGGCCGGGGCAAGUUGUUAGCCAACGUCCAAUGGAUAUGGCUAACGCUGGAUUUUUCUUCAAUGAGGGAGUGUGGGAUCAGGUCCAGUGUUUUUGCUGUGGCCGCAAACUGGCGCAGUGGACCCGCGACGAUGACCCGUGGAUCGAGCACGCCAAGUAUGAACCUCAGUGCGCAUAUUUACUGGAGAAGAAGGGUCUGCGUUUUGUGCGAGAGGUUCGACGGCUUCACGAUAUGGACAAGCUGAAGUGGGCGGGUAGUUUGCGAAAGAAUCGAAUGGAUUUUUUGGUGGCGUUCGCAAUGGAGCAGGGUGUACACUACACGUACCUGAUAAAAGCUGUUCAACGGUAUGGGCGCUUUGAGCGCAUCAUUGAUCUAGUGAAAAAGGCAAAUGUCAUCAAGGCCCGUACCAUAGAAGCCCGCUUGGACGAAAACUGUCAACUGGAAAAAGAGUGCAGUGUAUGUCUGAAUAAAAACGUAUCCAUAUGCUUUGCACCAUGUGGGCAUGCCAUUUGUUGUGUCGAAUGUUCUGGUAAAGUGAGAGAAUGCCCGCUGUGCCGUCAAGUGAUUUUGCAAAAAAUUAAGCUUUUUUUCGCCUAAUCAGUCUAUUUAAGCAGACUAGCAUACUAAAAUGAUUUAUUUUGCCAUCGAAGAAAAUGUUCGGUUUAAUAAAUGAU